CUGGUCAGUGCGAUAGUUAGUGCAGUACGCAACUGUGUCAGUGCAGCACGAAUGCUGUGGUAAAGAAAAGAUGGUUUUUUAUGCCGCCGCUAUACUGUUGAUGCUAGCUAUUGCUCGUCCGAUCGAAUCAUCGACCAGUGACUGGAACAACCCAUCGAGCAACCAGUACCACAUCCAGACUGACGAGGGUCCUGAACGGUACUUCCGUUACCAGACCCAGAGCGGUCAGUACCGGAAGGAAAAGCGUCUGGAGGAUGGGAGCGUCGUUGGUACUUACGCUUGGAUCGACGAUAAUGGGUUUCUGAGACAAAGGGACUACAUUGCGGACAAUGAGGGUUACAGGAUCUUGAAAACUAAGAAUCUGUUCGUUGGACGGGACACUCCGAUUAAUGUGGCGAUCAAGUCGGCGAAGAAAGUACCGGCGUCUGCUGGUACUUUGGUGAAGACGAAUAGUGUGCCUAAGCCUACUGCUAACCCUGUGGCGACGCCAUAUGUUGAGAUUAAACAGAACUCGAUACCGUCGUCGACCCCGGCGCCGUUCGAGUAUCCAACGACGCCGGUACCACUCGCUAGUACCGCGUCUCCGCUUAACAAUUUGUAUCUUCCAGCGAAUACAGUGGCCUUGGACCCUCAACGCAGUACCAUCAUCCCAUCUCCAUCGCCCCCCACUCCCUUCAGCGUGAGCCCGUGGUACUCCAGCGACCCUCAGUACGAAAACAACCGCAAGGACCCCUACCCCUUCCACUUCGAGAACGGUCCGACGUACCCCAUCGACAACCGCGGCCAGACUUAUACUGGUAACGGUAACAAUCUGGGCAACGGGUACGACCCUCAGUACGACUACUACGACGGAGUUUCGGUGACCAAUGACGGCUUCCGGUACUACAUCCCGAGGGCCUAUCACGAAGAGCAGAACCUCCCCAACGAUAAAAAAUCCGGGAGUUUCGGGUACAUAGACCCUUUUGGUAUCCGAAGGGUGAUCUACUACAACGCGGCUCCUGGUACUGGGUUCCAGCACAGGAAAAAUAAUAGAUAUGUAGGUUUCGAUGCGACGCCUUACGACCCAAGGCCUUACUAAAUGAAUCGAUUUGAAUAAUUGCGAUAUUUAUGCACGCCAACAUGAACGAUUUUAACAUACUAAACACGUGCUUGUGACAAAUUUAACCGGUGGUUCCUGCUGCAGUUCGUAAUUGCAGGUCUGUGUCGUUAAUCACUGCCGAAUGGAGUCAGUAGGUGGAUUUUUUUGGAUGAUUUGUGGCGGUUGCUAAAUCGUCUGGUUGUAGAGUAGGACUAAUUUUUUGCACUUAUUUAUUUAAUUAGAGUGGAUUAGAGUAAGAAUUUUAAUGAGAGCGUGUUGCACAAGUUGUAAGGUCCUAUGAAUCACAGUUUAUAAUUGUCGCACGCCAUUAAUGUACAUAAUUUUAUUAAUUUCUUCUGUUGUUAUAAACUCUAGUUCGAGGACCUGGUUUAUCAGCAGUGUGUUUUAAGUUAUAGUAAUUUAUGUUUUUGUAAAUAAAUAAUGAAUGAACGUCCUUCUGUAUUUCUUCCGGGUUAGACGAUAAAUAAAAACUCCCUAGUGGUUGACCAUGAGUUUUGAAAAAUUUGAAUCGUGGAAUAAUUUAGUCAAAAUUUUCGACUAUUUGACUAAGUUGUUAUGAAUUGACCUGACAUCUGUUAUGGAGUCUUUAUUUUCCUUUACCUGUUUUAUAAUUUUCUUUUAUGUUUAGAUGUUCCCAUUUCGUGUACU